AUCAGAUUUUUUUACGUGUUAUUUUCUCCUCACAUUGCGAUCGAGUGCUUUGUCGUCGUGACUCUGCGUAAAAAUAACGAUUUUCAAAGCGAUUCCGUUCACUUUCUUAUUGCGCGGCUUCUUCUUUAUGUCCUUAAGACGGGGACCACCCCUAACAAUGCCAAUCAUUCCAAAAACGUGUUGACUCUUUUCUCAAAAAGUUAUAACCACUUUCAAGCAUCAGUUACGCUUUGAUGUCCUAAUGUAUUUUGUGUCUGGGGGCCCUAACACGUCUGGCUAGGCUUUCGGUUGCUUAGCGACUUACGGAUUGGCUCGCUCCUAGAUUUUUUUCCAAUCUUCUAACAGAUCUUUUUAACACUCUCAGACCUGAAUUGCGCCAAUCUUGGCAAGGUCAUCACCCAGCCAAUCAUCUUUUCAUGUGUAUCCUAGAGGUCUUUUGCUGGAGAAAUGUUCGUGUCCUAGCUGGCGUCACCCGAUGAUAACAAAAUCACGGAGGCUAACGAUCUACACUUUGCGUAGCUUUUAUUUUCGCUCGGAGGGACAGCGGCCCAGCAUAGCUUGAGGUCUGUGCUACAAGUAGAUGGAAUAUUUAAUGCAGAAGAUUUUAUAAGAGCUCACCGUUGGAGCUUGUUUUAAAAGCAUGGAAUCGAAUCGUCCCUAGUGAUAUGCACGGCUGGAGUUAAUGCUAUUUUGAAUGAUAAUGAGGCGUAAAUUGCGGUACAGCUCGUUAGAUAUACACGUCAGAUCGUGAAAAGCAUUCGGCCGAAGUCUCUCGCAAGGAUGCUGAAUUAUUAUGAUCGACUGAUCAUCAAGAUUCUUACUCCGUUUCAAAGCAGAUAAUCGUGAAGUAAGAUUGCAUGGGGUGACUUCGCAAGCGUCUAACGUUAUCCCCAUGACAGACGUUCCCACUUCAUCCCCCUGCACCGUCCACACUGUCUCUACCGGAUCCAUCCUCACCGCGUUUUGCUAUGGAGCCCUCAUCCCUCCAACAGUUCUCGGAAACGGCUUGGUGGUGAUCUCCUUCGUGAUUAAUCGCCGUCUUCGCACAGCUACUAACAUAUUUAUCCUCGGGCUCUCACUGAGUGAUCUCCUCAUAGGCAGCUAUUCUCUGCCAUUCUGGACUUAUAUUGUUUCGUACGAUUUCCUGUCUGUCGGGAUCUGCUAUAAGUCUCUUUACCAGACAUAUAUAUGCAUGGACAUCCUUACGGGCUGCGCAUCGAUUUUACAGCUUACGGCGAUUGCGACUGAGCGGUUGUUUUUCACAAUAUCGCCACUAAAGCAUCGCAGACUGCCUCGCUUGGUCUACUACAUCAUGCUAAUCGCGGCUUGGUUAUUCAGCACUUUUGUAGCAGCGCUACAACCAGUUCAAAGCGAAUCAUGGGAGCAUAUUUACAGUGUAUUCCUACUCGUAACCUGUUUUAUUAUCCCGCUUAUUAUAAUUAUUUCCGUCUAUUUGUACAUAUUACAUGUUGGUCGCCGACAAGCUCGUCCGAGACGGAGUUCCCAAUCGAGUGUCGGCUCCUCGGGGGGCUAUCUCAAGGAGUUUCACAUCUUUAUCACCGUCAUUGUUAUCACGGGGCUGUUCGUCACCGCGUGGAUGCCGUUUUUUGUUGUCACUGUAAUCGCGACACUUUGCCCAAGUUGUUUGCCGCCUGUUCCACAGGUAUACCAUCUGGUUCGUUUUGUCAAGUGGAUGCAGUACAGCUCGAGUUCUGUUAACCCGUAUAUUUACGCGUACCGCAACGUGGAGCUUAAAAGAACGUUCUGGAAGGUUCUGGAAAGCUGCUUGUGUGGAUUGUAUAAAAGGGACAGACCGGGCUCGAUCAAUGAUUUCCACAGACGGAGUGAGGUACACAUGCCAGGGUGCCCGCGAAAAAUGAACUCGACUUUGGCGCGAAGUGCGCACGUCAACGCUUCCUUCAAAGAUGAAAUGGAGAAUUCAGUCGCCCCGGAGCGCUUUCAGUCCACCCCAGAUCAGUUCACAUUUGAACGCCAAGGGUGCAAAGAAAAUGGGAGAGAGACUAGUUACUUAGAUGAGGAAAUAGUAAACUUGGGACCAGCUCCGCAAAGAUUUUCCCUUCAACCUAAAAAAACAACAAGAGGGUCGACAAUCAUGAAUGGCCACUCGUCCCUCUUCCCGGGGAAAAUAGAUAUUGUUAAAAAUAGACAAACGAAUCCGGCGAGGAAUCACCAUAGAAGCGCUAGCGUGAGCAAUAUGAGUGGUCCCCCUCGUCGUGGGACUGGUGCGAGUCAGGUGGGAAGACCGAGGACAAGCACACUCUCUGACGUCAGAGAAUCACGUGAUAACCCGGGUAUGAAGAGUGGCAGUAGAGACAGGGAAUCUAGAGAUAGCGAGGGCUCGCGUAAAAUACGAACUUCAUCGUUCGCGACAGAUGUUGCGCGUCUAGACACGGACAGCGCCAGUAGGUACAGGGAUGGCACUAGAGAACGAUGGCGAACUGAUAACGUGUCAACGCGCAGAGAUCCCUCAGAUAACCAAGCCUCUUACGUGUAAACCUCAAAGAGUUUAAGUCAGUCGCCAUUUUGUCAUCCUAGCAAAAUAUCGUGUUAGAAAGCAUCCAUUUCCAUCGGAAAAUUUGGUAAAUCUUUUGCAGUAUUUUCAAUUGAAUUUGGUAAAUUAUGUAUACAACUUUGAGUUUAGAUGGUAAUCUAAUGAUUACUAAUUAAUUUGUCCAUAAUUUAAUAAAAGCAAUAACAAAGGGAUGACUGAUCUUUCGAAGGUGAGAGAGAUAAAGAUAGAGAGAGCUAAUGGUGAUGCUAGUGGUACAAGCGAGCAAGCUAAUCCACAGGUUUAGAUUAUUAAGGUAUUAUUUCGCGUAGGGAUUUAAUAAGAUGAUGAUAUGUUAAUACCAAGGUCAGCCAUGUUGAAAAUGUGAGAACUUAAUAAU